UACAGGUAUAUAUGAGCUUCAUUUGGUCAUGUAUAUGAAAGAUAAAUUUUGCUGCCUAGAUAAUUGACACUGUUCAUAAUAUAUGUAAUUUGUUCAUGCAGCUUGACAGUCACAGAAAUCAACUGAUUCAGGUAAAAUAAAAAUUUCAAACUAUUUCCAUUCAGAAGCAACAAAAAUAUUCAUGAAGCAGCAAACCGAAGCAGCAAACAGAACAUGCAGCAUAGAAAAUCAAAAACAAAAAUCAAGAUCAGAACAUAUUCAGAAGCAGCAAACAGAUUGAAAGGGCGAGGUCAGAAUUCAGAAGGAAGCAAGUUCAAAAUCAAGAAGACAAGAACAGAGUCUUACCGGCGAAUGAGGAGGCGGGCUCGGCGAGCUCGGCGACGUUCGGCGACGAGGAGGCGGGCUCAACGCGGUGGUGGUCGGGCUGCUGUGGAUUGGUUUGGGUGGCGAAUGAGGAGCGCUGCUGCUGUGGAUGGCUGUGGGUGGCUCGGUGGUUUCUGGAAUCUGGAGCUUGGUGGGCGGUGGCAAUGGUGGCCUUGGUGGGUGAAGGGGGAAGAAAGUGGAUUAGGGUUAGGUUAGGUUACGCGUACCCCUU